ACGUGCUUUUAGGUUGGUAUCAAAUUCAGCCCAAGUCUGGAGGCAGAAAACUGUCUCUGUGGGCUGAUCUAAGAACUGAGAAGGACUUGGCGGUUUUCCCCUUUCACCAGAAAUGACCUCAUAUAAUACCCCCUUAUUGGUGCAAAACAGGAAAGGGCAGAACUAGACACAGACACAGUCCCUGCUGCUCACAGAGCUGCUUCCAGCAUACCGGAGCUGAGGAAUCUACCAGGAGGAAGGAUGGAUGCUGGUGGCACCACAGCUUGUCUCACAGAUGGCAAAGGAAUAACCUGCCAUCAGGGUGUCUCUCUCUGUAUUCCUGCCAAAAGCACAGAUGACAUUUCCUAGUUCGUUUUAACGUGAGCUCUGCUUGAAAUUUUCUGUUCCUCUCAUCAUCUGCACUGCUGUAGUCUACUUCAGUAAGGAAGCUCAGCUACACUGAGUGUCAGAACUGCUGCUGGUUUUGUAUUAAAGGUGGGAGAAGGAAGUGGUUUUGAGCUUUCACACAGAAAACGAUGCACUGACACACCGCCAUUCACUGUGCUUGGUGUUUAUGUACAGUGGCGUAAAUAAGCCUCCAAAAACACAGGUCAACUCCAUCAUCACAAAACACAAAUCAUCAUUUAAUUGCAGCGGUGAAUCACCUACUCAUAAAAACCCCCAGAUUAAAUUGUGAGCACUGAGAGAGCUCAAGAUCUGCGUUAAGACACACUGGGAACUCCUUGCAAUCCAGCAGGAGAAACGUGACAAACAUCUGCACUGUAUGAAACCAGUUAAAUGGCUGCUCACAUGUUUUGCUGGAACUCUUUGCAUCAUGAGCUCCUUUGAAGACGCCGAGACGGAAGAAACGGUGCCGUGCCUCCACAUGACCUUUUACCACCCUUGCCAAGGGGAGAAGAUGAUGUUCCGCUGCCUGAACUUCUGCAGGCGAGAGCAGGUCAGGGCGGACGAAACGGCCAAGUUCGGCCGCGAUUCCAGCGUCUGCCGUUACAGCCUGAUGGACGCUCGUGUCUCCCGCAUCCAGUUCUCCCUGCAGUUCUACAGGAAGCUCCACAGCUCGGAAUGCUGCUUCGAGAUCAAGAACUUGAGCAAGAGGGCAAAACUGACCGUGAACCAGACGGAACUGGGUUACCUGAACAAAGUCGACCUGCCCUGGAGGUGCGUCAUCUGUUUUGGGGACUACCAGAUCUUGGCAGAGACCCAGGAAGGGGAGUCCGUGGAUUAUUUUGAGACUCACCUGCACUUGGCCGAAGCGCCAAUCUUACAGGAGAGAUCCCUGCCAUCCCUGCAGCCGGUACCCGAGAGUGGCAUUUCUUCUUCCAUUUUCCUUUGCCAAGACAAAAGCCCCACAGAGAUGGAUGAAAACGAGCCGUGCUAGCAAGGAGGAGGAGGCUGGAUCAGAUUUUGCAGCCUGCACAGCUUCCAGCAUGGAAGGCUGUCACCUCAGUCCAGUAUUCCUGGUGGUUCUCACCCCUGCACAUCAGCCCUUCUUACUUGGUGUUUUCAGCACGGGCAUUCCAGAACAUACUUUGUUCCAGACAAGAACAGAUUCCUGGCACUGCCUUCACAGGGCCAUAAGUGCUCUCUGCUCACCAGUUUGCCUGUGGGAGACAGGGGGCCACUCAAAUCCAGGGCAGCAGGUUCCAUUCCAGAACUGUGACCACGUGCCUUGAAGGGAUGUUUAACAGGCAUUAUUAUUAACACAGAGCGUGCACAACGUGGUUUUGGUCCCAGCUAAGGAGGGACAUAAUUCCUCACUGCAUUUGUUGUACUUUGCUUUUGACGUGGAAUUCCAAACAGUAUUUGCAAGCCUAGGUUGUAACUUCCCGAAUUUUGCAACCUAGAAACGUUUUGUCAGCAAAGUCCUUUUGAGUUUGUUUUUAUUAACUUCACAGCAAGAUUUUUUUCUCUCUCUCGUUUUUUAAAAUGAAAUCAAAUCUGUAUUUUUUGCAAGUUAACUGCUUUUGCUUGUGAUGUAAACAAACAUGCAGCGACAGUGAUCACAGUACAUAAAAACCCAGGACAUCAAACCCAUGGCACUGAUCAUAUUAAUUGCUCACCAUUUUUGGGCUGUUACCCUAAACAAGAAGUGACAACCCCAACCUGAAAUUCUCAAGGCAAUAUAUAAACAGAAGCAUCUACAAACAGCACUUAACCUGAGAAGAAUCUUCUGUCUGGUCUGCACAGUUCAGAGCACUGAGCCUCAGCAGAUUUGGAGCCAGAGCAGAGCAUUCCUUAGGCACAUCUCCAGGAACCAGGAGAACACCUUUGGCAUGGAAACAAACCCCCAGCUAUUUACUGGUUUCCAAGCAACAAUAAUUUCUACAACUAUAUUUACUUGGGGUCACUGUUCAUCCUAAGAGCAGGACUGUCAGCUAAUGGACUUCCUCAAGGCAUGGGCAGGGCAAGGCUCGUGGUCACUCGUGGCCAGGGAAAGGAGUGACCAGCGCAGAGGAGGCGACAGCUCCAUCCAGCAGGUAAAAAAAACCCGUGUUAUUUACAUGUUGAGGAAGUUGCCUUCCUUCCCAGCAGGAAUAUAUUAUACAAAUAAUUGUCCAGGAGAAGUCACAUGGCAGUAGCUUACGCCAAACCCAAAAUAUACAGUUGGUGUGUACAAACUUUUAAAGCUCGUUUUACAGGCAUUGCAAACAUAAAUAACAACAUUAAAGUGUUUUCAGAGACAUGGCUACCGCUGAAAUCAAGAGGUGGAAUGUCACCAGCAGGAUUUCUCUGUUCUUUCAUGUUGUUUGUAUGUAUUUAAUCCAAGUGUGCAGUUCCCUAUCCACACUGUAAUGUCCCAGAUAUUCUGUGUAGUCUCGGAUUAUUUAAACCAGCGCCACGACUUUCACCAACAAAUUCAGUGAUGAUGAUGAUGAUGAUGAUGAUGAUGGUGGUGGUGGUUUAUUACUUCUCAAAGCGUGUUCCUUCUGCUCCACAACAGUGAAGUUACACCCCCAUUGCCCUCUUUUUCUCCAUGGGAAAAACAAAACAGCUACACAAAAUAACAGCAGAGUAGAAUGGCUUUACUUUGAAACUUUGGGGAAAGCUUGAGAUCUACAAGUCAUCUUUUUUUUUUUUUUUUUUUUUUUUUUAAAAAGUAUAACUUGAAAUAUCAGGGGAGACCACACAGCACUUGACACCAGAUGUGCAGUCACUGAGACCUCCUUGAAUUUCAGCCCAUAUUUGCAGGAUUGACCAUCCAGUUUAGAGGCACAGGAAAGGCAGAGCACUUAAACACACUGUUAAAACAUCAGCUUUUUUUCUUUUCUUUUUAAAAUGCAGAGAUAGAAAUUCAGUCUUUAGGUCCUCGUUCUUCUCGUCCCUCCCCCAGUUUGCUCACAGAGCGUUGAUUCCAAUAAUUGUUCCAGUCCAGUUGAAUUAUAAAUUUUCCACAACUGAAGAAUUUUAAGGACCCUGCAGCAACAGAUGUUGGUCUGCAGUGGAGGGGCAGGGAAAUCAAGACUUUGGUCCUCCCAGUUCUCUACUAGAUACUGGUUAAAAUUUGCCAGUUUAUUGACACAUGAAGAAUUUAUAUUUUAAUUUUAUUUUCGUUUUUCUAUCUAGCACACGCUUACUGAAGUCUGGCAUAUUAUACAAGACAAUAUCUUACCUACCCUGAUGAUUUUUACUACGUUCAUUGAGGUUAACCGUGCUUAGCAUAAAAUAAUUUAAAAAAAAAAAAAUAAAAUUAAUGGGAAAAGGACAAAACAAGGCUAGGAAGACUUUUAAGCCUAACAGGAAAAUGUCUGCAAAUUGCCACGUGUCAAAUUUGUUUUGCAGCUCUUGCUGCGCCCUCUAAAACAGCUGAAGAGCAAGUCAAAAAGCACAGACUGGAAAUAAAAAAAAUUUUUAAAAUUCUUUUUCUAUAUUCAAGUAUUACAUAAAUUAUAUAAGACUUUCUGACAUAAAUAUUAGGCCAACGAUGAAUUUUAAAAAACAAAAAUCAGUAUAAACAC